AUGUGUUCACCGGAAAAGAAAGCCAGAGACUGUUAUUCCGGAACUAUCGAUCCGAUCGAAUCGAAUGACUUCCUCGAAAUGAUGGUGCUUGAUGGUUGUUUUAUAAUCCAAUUCCUUCUGUUCUUUGGUUCAAGGAAUAUUGGGAGAAAGGUAUUGAGAGACCACCCUCUCGGCCGGAUGGACAGGGACAGGGUAAUGUUGCAGAAGAUCUGCGCGGACUUGUUCAUGCUUGAGAAUCAGAUCCCAUAUUUUGUUCUGGAACUGUUAUUUAAAUUUUUCAGGAAUCCUUCGGGGGGCAGAGAUGUGUCCUUGCCAAUUUACGCCGUAACAACUUUUUCACAAACAUUGGAAAUUGGUUCAUUCUAUUUCGAGGCCGAAGACAUUUCUGAAUCCUACGGGGCCGAAUGCUUGCAUUUGCUGGAUCUGGUUCGGUCAAUUUUUAUCCCACCGGACCUACCCUAUCGUUAUCGUAAAGAAAGAUUCCCUUUCACACAAGAAAACUGGUACAGACCACUCCGUACUAUUCCCCGCAUCUCGCAGCUCCCUCGUGCAGGAAUCAUGGUCAAUCCACGUAAAAAGGACAGAUUCUUGGUAGUUCAAUUCGUGAAAUCGCUCGGUGUGAUUGAGAUGCCCAAUUUAAGUCUCAAUGAAUUAAUGUGCUCUUUCUUGGUGAACUGCGUGGCAUUUGAGCAAAGCUACAAUACCCAUUCCAAGCACUUAUCAGUCUACGCCCUUUUCUUGGACUGGCUUGUAAACACUGCUCAGGACGUCGAGUACCUUUGUGAGCACCGAGUCAUUGAUAAUUACAUGAGAACGAUGCUGUUAGCUUCAUCAACAAUUUGGGCAAGGACUUGA